AAAAACAAAACAAACAAAAUAUACAUCGACCAAAAAAGGCUAAAGCUUAAUUAUAAAACAUACAUCGAUCUCAUGGACAAGGUGAUGAGAAUGUCGUCAGAGAAAGGAGUGGUGAUCUUCACGAAGAGCUCAUGUUGUCUCUGCUACGCCGUUCAGAUCCUGUUCCGUGACCUUAGGGUUCAACCAACGAUCCACGAGAUCGACAACGAUCCAGACUGCCGCGAAAUCGAGAAUGCUCUCCUCCGUAUCGGCUGUUCCACGGCCGUGCCAGCUGUCUUCGUAGGUGGCAAGCUCGUUGGUUCCACCAAUGAAGUCAUGUCCCUUCACCUAAGUGGUUCUCUCGUCCCCUUGAUCAAACCCUAUCAGUCCCUCCUUUACCAGGCCAAUUGAACCAACUCGAUCGAGAUCCUUUAUAUAAUUAAUCUUAUAAGCUAACUAGUGACAAUAAAAAGUUCUUAUAGCUAGUGUGUGAGCUCUACGCAUACUAGCUACUAGAUAUAUAGAAAUUCGGAUGAGUUCUUCUUCUGAUAUUUUAUCAUAUGCGUGUUCUAUUGUUUAGCAUCUUUCGUGUUUCGCUCUAGUUAAUCAACUGGUGUAUGUUGAUGUACGUAUAAGUCUCUGUUUAAAUAUGCCAAUGAAAAGAGUAUUUUAUAUAUGUUUAUUUUCUUUCA